GAAUAACAUUGGAGUUGUUACAAUAUCUUUUAGGUUGUGUUGUCUCUCCUUCCGGAUUAGAGCUGAACUCAAAUUCUUCCUGUUCCAUCUUUGUUUUAUGUCUUUUGGUUACUUCAUUGUUUCCUUAGUUAUGCUGAAGUUUUUUUGUGUUUUAUUCAAUGUGUUGCUAUUGCAGAGUUGUGCAGGUAUUAAAUAUAUAAAUUAACCACCAAAAACAUAUAAAUUUUAUCAUAACAUAACAUGAUAUUUCAUGAGUGUUAGCUUGGUAAAUCUAUGAAACUGUUGCCCAAUUUAAUAUGUAUUUUAAUAUUAAAUUAUUAGCAAAAUGGUCAUCAAAUUUAAAUUAUUAGCAACAUUUUUUUAAUUUUAUUUUAUGAAUUUAACUGUUAAAGAAAAUAAUAAUAAUUAAAGAUCUAUUUUUUCUUCAUGAAUUUGAUAAUCUCUUCUAAAAAGGGAAGCCAGGUUUGACAAAAGCUCAAGAACAGAUCUAUUUCUGUCGAUGGACUGGUUCAGACCCAUAUUGGGCAAUCUCACUCGGAGAUUGGGUGGUGCUUAUUCUUCUUCUUCGUCACUCCCACUCAGAAGGACUCUGGAAUUGCUUACGUUGGUCUUCUUUCUCGCUAUUACCUCCUCUGUCAUUUCUCAAUUCCUAACUAACAACUCUCUGUCUUCUACUCGCCGGAGCAGUUGUCAUUUUCCGGCCAUUUUCAACUUCGGCGAUUCCAAUUCCGAUACCGGUGGCAAAUCAGCUGCCUUUCAUAGACUCCCUUAUCCUAACGGCGAGACCUUCUUCCACAAACCUUCCGGGAGGUACUGCGAUGGGAAAGUCAUCGUUGAUUUCAUCGCUGAGAGAUUGGGUCUACCAUAUUUGGGUGCUUAUUUAGACUCCAUUGGAACCAAUUUUCGACACGGAGCGAAUUUCGCAACUGGAGGGUCAACGAUUCAGUCAGUGGAUGUGAAGGUUUUCGAGGCUGGUUUUAGUCCAAUCUCUCUGGAGAUACAGAUUUUGCAGUUUAAACAGUUCAAGGCUCGGACUGAUGAGCUAUUCAAUGAUGAAGCUUCAAGUUUAGAUCUCAAGAACAGUCUCCCUAGACCAGAGGACUUCUCCAAGGCAUUAUACACUUUCGAUAUUGGACAGAAUGAUCUUCACUUUGGGCUUAAAGCCACGGGAGAAGAACAACUUAAGGCAUCUUUUCCUAAAACUAUCGGUACGUUUGCUCAGGCAAUCAAGGAACUAUACCAACUAGGAGCAAGAGUGUUCUGGAUCCAUAACACUGGUCCUAUUGGAUGUUUACCUUUUUCUGUUAUAAUAUAUUCUCCAAAACCUGAAAAUAUGGAUCAAAUUGGCUGUGUCAAGUCCCAUAAUGAAGUGGCCAAGGAAUUCAACACGCAGCUCCACCAGAGAGUUUCCCAACUUAGGGUGCAACUACCUGAUGCAGUUAUUACUUAUGUCGACAUCUAUUCAGCCAAAUAUUCUUUAAUCUCCGAAGCAAAGAAGUACGGUUUUGGUAAUCCACUUGAACAAUGCUGUGGGCAUUAUAAAGAUUACUAUGUACAAUGUGGGAAGAAAGCCAUGGUAAAUGGGUCUGAGAUUGUUGGGAAUGCUUGUAGUGAUCCAUUAGUAUACAUUAAUUGGGAUGGUGUGCAUUAUUCUCACGCUGCAAAUAGAUGGGUAGCCCACCGCAUUCAAGAUGGCUCUCUCUCCGAUCCUAAAAUUCCCAUUGCUCAAGCUUGCCAUAAUCCUGAUAAUUCAUCUUGAUAUGUUUGGUGGUUUUACGAGGUCAUGAAAGAUCAAAUAACAUAAUUUUUUUGUCAUGUUCAUGAAAUAUUUCAUUAGUCGGUCAAAAGACUCAAUUUGUAACACCAAAUAUUUCAUAAUCAAUCAUGUUCAUGAAA